UAUCGAUAACAAACUAUCUGUCGCUUGAUGCCCAUCUCUAUCCUUUUUAGUUAUUGUUUUGGUAAUUGCACGUGUUUUCUUUGAUUGCGUUUAAAAAGCCAAAAACUGGCCAUGUCAGACAAGUAUGCAGUGCCCAACAAAUUGCCCGGCAAAACGGUCUCGGUGCUGAAGCAUCGCAAGAGGAGGAUUCUCCAGGAUGAGGCAGUCGUUACGCAGAAGAAAAAUGAUCGCAUCAAGAAGAGGACCGCCAGCAAGAAUCACCACAAGUUCCGCCGCGCCGAAUCCUUCGUAAUGGGCUACCUAAAGGCUGAGCGCACGGCCAAGCGGAUCAAGCAGACCAUCCUGCGCACCAAUGUCACCGAACAAAGCGCCCAGGCCGCCGAUGAUUGCAAUCCCAAGCUGAUUUUCGUGAUGCGCCAUGCGGGCAAGAAGAUCUUCGACAAGACCACAUCGGAAAUAUUCCGAACCCUGCGCAUGGGCGCGCGCCACAAUGCCGUCUUCCUCGAGAACACCAAGGAGAACCAGCUGCUGCUGCGCGUGAUCGAACCCUUUGUGGUCUACGGCACGCCCUCGCUGAGCUCCAUUCGCGAGCUGGUCUUCAAGAAGGGCUUCGCCCGCAUCGACGGCAAGAAGACGGCCAUCCAGUCGAACACCAUGGUUGAGCAGCAGCUGGGCGACAAGGGCGUGAUCUGUCUGGAGGACAUCAUCCACGAAAUCUGCACAGUGGGUCCCAAUUUUGCGGCUGUCAAUGAGUUUCUGUGCUCCUUUAUGCUGUCCAGUCCCAGCAAUGGCUGGCAGAAGAAGGUAUCCGUGUCCUACAAACGCGGUGGCGAAUACGGCGAUCGUGGCAGUGCUAUCAACGAACUGAUUGCCCGCUGCCUGUAGAGACCUAAGCCAGUUUACCUUUAAGUGAUUGUUCAACCUCAAUAACCCAUUCUGUAGCUAAGCCCAAUACACAUUU